AUGACGAAACAAGAUCAUUCCCCAAUAAUCGAGCCACAAGACCCGGAACAUGAAGCCAUUUCUCCCACUGUGGAAACCGACGCUCAACAGCAAACCCCAGUACUCACUACAGAUCCUCCGAUCGUUUCGAACCCCGGUUUUGAGACACCAAACCAACUUGACGCCAUUGUCAGUGAAAUGGUUGAACACGAGGAGCCGAACACCGCAAUUGGGACGACUUCGCUCACGGACAAACAAGAAGACGGCAGUCCGAUGGAGGGUCCAAACGAUAGGCAACCGUUACUCAAGUUGAGGCCACAAUCAGCCCCAGGCUUGGAGCAAAGCACUACUUCACAGAAGCAGGUGUCGUUGCGACAGACACGCGCGUGCGAGAAGAGAUCAAAAAUUAUCAGUGUCUCACACCAUUUGGAAACCCUCAAACCGCAAUUCGGAGAUGCUGGCGAUGACGAGGAUCUAUAUAAAGAUGAGGAUGCUGCCGACAAGAUUUCAUCCGACACAGGACAGAGCAUGUCCGGAUCCACCAGAAUCUCGGCAUCCCCAAAUGAUCUACCGUUUCCUCAAGCAGUCGAACAUGGCGUGGAUACAGUCGCGAGUGCGAAGUCCCCAACACGACUCCAACUCACCAAAACUAUCAGACGAAUAUACCCUCACUCACACUGGCCGUUUCGCAAGCAUAAGGUUGUGAUUACUCAUACUACGAAUAUCGAUGAUCUCGAUGAUCUUGAUGGCCUCAUUUUGCCUUCUCGCGCCGCGGUGUUCCUCUGGAAGCGUCACACGAUAAUGAAAACCUUUGAGUCUUAUCAGGAAUGGGCGAGUGAGCAUCGUCAAAGGCCUAUUAAUCUCGCCCAAGAUAGAUGGUCUGAGGAGGAGGAUACUGAUUUCCCUCGCCUCCACCCUAAACCACCGAAUCCAGCAUCGUGGAGAUACAGACGAACAGCAGAGGGGCGCGACCGGUUUCUAAGGGCAUACAAGUUUCGUCGAGGUUUACCUGGUGCUCCAAAAGAUGCAAAUGGAUCACCAAAACAAUCUUCAUACUUCGCGUAG